AUGGCCCAGACUCAACAGGGCCUCCUUCUAGCACUGCAGAGAGAAGGCUGGGCUCUCCCUUCGAUAGGCCCCCUUAUCCAAGCCCUGCAGCGAUUGGCACAUGUCAACACAGUCGGGCGAGAUGCUUGUAGUCCCAUUCGCAGCCUUGUACUAGCCCAGAACUACUUCAAGGAGGCGCUCAGCGACGACAACCAGCACCUUCUGGCUCCCAGACUGCCUGGGCCCCACGAAAACCCAACGACGACAUCAACCUCCAGCUCAACCAAUACUUCCUCAAUGUCGAAUCAAUGGGUUCUACCAGGUCCCGACGCUGUCGCUCAAGGUGGAACACAGAUAGUAGAUGCCCAAGGUUUAACCACCAUGGCCUACCUCGAAGCCAGCACCGACACUACAAAUACCAGUAUUUCUCGAAACCACUUCUUGUACAUGUUAUACCUUGACAACCAUUUCUUAACCUUCCAAUGCCGGGAAUGCGACACGCGAUUCGGCUCGAGUAAGGAACUCAAGAGCCACUUGCUACUUAAUCACCAACACAGCCCCAUGGGCUCGACAGCUCUCCACGAAACGAUCUGCAAGGAGUGCAACCCCCACCUCGACUUCCCCGGGCAGGAAGAAAAUACGAGCGCCGUCAACACAGACUUGAUACGGCUCGUCACGAAUAGAUUGAGGACGAGGAGGGAUGUUGCGAUUGAGUCUGGUCAUUCGUGCACCACAAUACGCAGCCUUGAGUGGAAGGUCUAUGCCCAGGAUGCGACAGCAGGAAACGAGCCCAAGGGCUCAAACAAAAACAAGAAAGGCUGCUUAACCUGCAGGGAGCGCAGGGUCAAGUGUAGCGAGACUCGCCCUGUCUGUAAAGCAUGUGCCAAGGGCUUCCCCCGCCUGAUCUGCCGCUGGGGUCCUCUGCAAGAAGAGACUCAAGAUACAAUCAUGGUUGAUGUAGGGUUCAGGAGAUAA